CUUUGAUUAAAGUUCUUCGUCUAUACUCCAUCACCAUGUGCAUCCUCCAGUUAUCCCGCCAUAUCUCUCCCUGCAACACCAAUAGUAGAAUUUACUCACUUUUUCCGUACAAAAAUUAUUAAUCCUUCUGCCACACGCAAUCUCUCUCACUCACUCAGAUUUGAGCAGAGUUUCUUUCUGCCGUUUCAUUGUUCGUUCCCUUUCGACAUUUCUAUACGUCCGCUUCUCGAGUAAAAUCGACACAUAAGCCCGAUUGUUUGGAGGUUUUGAUGGAGUUGUUACAGAGCCCAAGCAGUUGAGAUCUGUUCGUCCAUUGAUUUCAUGCAGACGUGGAAGGUUUUGUAGGUUUUGAGAGAAAACGGAGACGAUGAACAAGUUCAGUUUCAUUGCAGUAUUCUUGUUUGGGGCUAUUUUCUCUCUAGUUACAACUGAACCUACAGAAGAUAAGAAGAUCUUACUCGAUUUCAUCCAAAAAAUUCCGCAUUCUUCUGCGAUUAACUGGCGAAUGAAUUCGUUGGCUUGUAGUAACUGGACUGGGGUGACAUGUGAUCAUCAACGUUCAUCGAUAAUAGCUCUUCGUUUGCCUGCGCUUAGUUUUCAUGGCCCUAUACCUCCAAACACUCUCAGCAGACUAUCAAAUCUUCAGAUCUUGAGUUUAAGAUCCAAUGGAUUAUCAGGUCCUUUUCCAUCUGAUUUCUCCAAUCUGAAAAACUUAACAUCUCUACAUCUUCAAUGCAAUAACUUCUCUGGUCCAUUACCUUUGAAUUUAUCCGUCUGGGACAAUCUCUCUGUUCUUAAUCUCUCCCACAAUGGUUUUACCGGAAGCAUUUCUCCUUCCAUUUCAAGUCUGACUCACCUCACAGUUUUGAGUCUCGCUAACAACUCACUUUCCGGUGAAAUCCCCGAUUUCCGUAUCUCGAGUUUACAGAUUAUAGAUUUGUCCAACAAUCUUUUCACUGGAACCGUGCCUCGAUCUCUCGGAAGAUUUCCUAGCUCGGCUUUUCUCGGAAACAACCUCGCACCAAACUCUGGUUCAUUAUCGCUUCCUGCUCUUUCUCCUCAAAAGAAACCCUCCAAACUGAGUGAAUCUGCAGUCCUUGGGAUCGUGAUCGGUUGUUCCGUAUUAGUGCUAGGACUACUUGCUUUGCUAUUGGUUGUUUGGCAUUUGAAGACGGAAGCUAAAAAUCAGGAUCUGCAGAGAACAGAUAAGAAUCAAAAGGGCAUGGAGAAUUUGCGAUCGAGAAGCCUUGGAAAUGGAAACGGAAACGGGAACCUGGUUUUCUUUGAGGGAAGUAACCUGGCGUUCAACUUGGAGGAUCUUUUUAGGGCUUCUGCAGAGGUUCUGGGGAAGGGUACUUUCGGUACAACUUAUAAAGCAGCAUUGGAGGAUUCAAAUGCAGUUGUGGUGAAGAGAUUAAAAGACGUGUAUGUAACAAAACGGGAAUUUGAGCAACAAAUGGAGGUUGUUGGAAGCAUACGACAUGAGAAUGUGGUUCCUUUAAGAGCUUAUUACUACUCCAAAGAUGAAAAGUUAAUGGUGUAUGACUACUUCAAUGAAGGAAGCGUUUCUUCGAUGUUACAUGCAAAAAUAGGAAAUAAUACGAAACCUUUAGAUUGGGAAAGCCGAUUAAAAAUAGCAGUGGGAGUAGCAAAAGGAAUAACUCACAUCCACACACAAUCCGGAGGAAAGCUUGUUCAUGGAAACAUAAAAUCCUCCAACACCUUCCUCAACCGCCACCGCAACGGUUGUAUCUCUGAAAUGGGACUGGCGGCAGUGACGACUCCGGCGGCGGUGAGGGGCGGUGGCUACCAAGCACCGGAAACAAUGGCCGCCAAGAAAAUCUACCAAGCAUCAGACGUCUACUCUUUUGGGGUUUUACUACUUGAGCUUCUCACCGGAAAGUCACCGGCUAAUGCAACGUGUGGGAAUGAGGUGGUGCACUUGGUGAGAUGGGUGCACUCAGUGGUUCAGGAGGAAUGGACAGCUGAGGUUUUUGAUGUGGAGCUUUUGAAGUACCCCAAUAUAGAAGAGGAGAUGGUUGAGAUGUUGCAGAUAGCCAUGCAAUGUGUUGGGAAGUCGCCGGAGCAGAGGCCAAAAAUGGCGGAGGUCGUGAAAUUGGUGGAGAACAUUCGAAUCACUGGUGUAUCUAGUCUAGCGUAAUAUAAAUAUAACAGCCUUUUAUUGUUUACAAUCGAAAUUUAUAUCAAUAAGACAUUUGGUGCAUAACAUGUUAGGAGGCCUUUUGUUUGCUUCUUGGAAUGUUUUUAUAAGGAAUGUAAUAUGUUAUAGGAAUCAUAAUAUGUUACAUGUUUAGUUGAGCAUA